AUGGCUGAGAAUUUCGAGACGCGUACACCGCCCGCAGCUUCUAACCCGUCGCGGCCACGAGAAGUACACGAUGCUCAUGUACGGACGGCAUUUGGGUUCGACUCGAUGGAAGACGCGCUUGCCGCUUUCGUGCGAGGCGAGUUUCUGGUAGUCAUGGACGAUGAAGGGCGAGAGAAUGAGGGCGACCUCAUACUCGCCGCGAGCGAGUGUUCGACAGAAAAGAUGGCGUGGCUGAUCAGGCAUUCCAGCGGCUAUGUAUGUAUCGCGCUUCCCGGGGAGCGCCUGGACGAGCUAGAGAUACCCAUGAUGGUGUCCGAGAACCAGGACCCGCACCGCACGGCUUACACCGUGACGGUCGACUACAGACACGGCACUACCACAGGCAUCUCCGCUCACGAUCGUGCCCUCACCGCACGCGCACUCGCCUCUCCCACUUCGCAGCCAUCGUCCUUCACCCGCCCUGGACAUAUGGUUCCACUGCGUGCGCGCCCAGGUGGUGUCCUCGCGCGGCGCGGACAUACCGAGUCUGCGCUCGACCUCUGCGAGCUGGUGGGCCUGCCCCGCGCGGGCAUCCUCUGCGAGCUGGUCGAGGAUGACGAGACCGGGAGCAUGAUGCGGCGGGACUCGUGCAGGCGCUUUGCGGACCGCUGGGGGCUCAAGCUGAUCAGCGUCGAAAUGCUCGCGCGGUGGAAGCGGGAGCAUGCUUCCAAGGGGAGGCUGCCAGAGGUGAACGGUCAUCCCUACGAUGGAGAUGCAAGCGCAGAGCGGACGGGGGCGUCAGACUCAUAG